AUGUUAGGGAUUUGGCCCAACACACCGGAGAACGAGCCCAAAGUUCUCCAGGGUUCGUCUUUGAGAUUGACAUGGCUUCGGCAACAUUUUUUCUUGUUGCCGAAUGAUGCUAAUGAGGUGACUGUACAGCGAUUUGCCCGGGCUUACAUUCUUGCAUUGAUGGGGUCCAUUCUUUUUGCCGACAAGAGUGGAGAUGCAAUUCAGGUUCUUUAUCUCCCGCUUUUAGCUGAUCUCGACGUAGCAGGGACAUAUAGUUGGGGUAGUGCGACCCUUGCAUACCUGUAUCGGCAGCUAUGUCGAGCAUCACAUAGGGGUGCGAGGGAGUUAGGUGGCCCUGUGUUGUUGUUACAGAUUUGGGCAUGGGAGCACAUACACAUUGGCAGACCUCGGAUUUCGAGGGUGCGGGACCCACCUCCACAGUUUGACGAGGCCGUUCCUAUUUUAGGCUCCCAGCAUGUUCCGGGGAUUGACCCCUUAGCUGUCAGUUGGCUUCGAGUACACAUCAGUAGGUCCCACACAGCAGGUGGGCUUCCUUACUACAGGGAUGCACUUGACCAUCAGACGGACGAGCAGAUGACUUGGCAGCCAUAUACUGAUGCGAGACUGGCGUUGUUACCUGCUAUAUGUCGAGCUGAUCGACAUGUAUGGCGCACAAUGGCCCCACUUAUCUGUUUCGACAUUGUAGAGUUCCAUUUCCCUGGUCGAGUUAUGCGCCAGUUUGGAUUCGAGCAGCGAUUCCCGCACCUUCUGAUACGAGCACAACCCUUUCAUGCCAUAGAUCGGAGGUCGAAGAACAAGAACUAUCCGCUCAGACAUCGACCUUACAUUGCACAUUGGGAUGAGCGCGAGGGACACAUAGUUCAGGGCACUCCUUUUAGUGGUCGUACUCAUGCCUUUGACGAGUAUAUGAUAUGGUUUCGUCGCAUCACGAGGUUACGCCUAACGAAUCCAUCGAGGCGACCACCUUCUACACAUUAUCAGCCUGCGUCUGCAGAUAUAGUACUGGCACAUACUUUAUCUGAUAUUGCUCAUAGGUGCGGUACUGUGCUAGAGGCUUCUGAGUCAUUGCCUCCAGAUAUGGUGCGUGACUUGUAUGCGCAGACAUUGCAGACUAUGAGGGGACUGUGUGUUGAUGCUGUUGGCCGAGCUGGACAUGGCCACAUCGUACAGGGCGUGCCUACUUCUGCUGGAUAUACAUCGACUUCUACAUCUUCUACGUCUGCUGCCCAUAUAUCUACCACGCCAGCUUUGCUUUCACCUCCAGUCACUCAGAGGGCCUAUCGACGACGUUCUGACACUACUCCCCCUUCUCUUGAUGCCAUUGCAGAGACUCAUGAAACCACACCUAGCUCAUCUACACCUUCACAAAAGAAGAAGAGAGGGUUUUAGAAGUUUCAUUUAUUGUUUAUGUAGUUAGUUAACAUUAUU